CGCGCACAGGGCGCAGGGUGUGGUGACCGAGCGAGAAAGACUGUUUGUGUAAGGAUCGAGCUUAGCAGAGUUCAGAGCUCGGGGUGACUCACGGCUCGCUGCAUCGCUCCACUUGAAACGACGCUGUGCUGCGGUGCUGGUGUGGGCUGGGGGGAAGAGACCCUGACUGAUGGCUCAGAAUCCCGGCAGGAGCAGCAGAGGAGCCUGCAGGUCGAUGCCGCGGUGCUGAUCCGGCGCCGCCGACCCCAGCUGCCCAGCGGGAUCCAUGAGCGCACCACCUCGGCUAUGGACAUCGUCCUGUCGGAUUUUGUUCGCUCAACGGGGGCAGAGCCGGGACUGGCCAGAGACCUCCUGGAAGGCAAGAACUGGGAUCUGAGCGCAGCCCUGAGUGACUUCGAGCAGCUGAGGCAAGUGCACGCCGGCAACCUACCCCAUUCCUUCAACGAGGGACGCGGCUACAGACCCCCCGAAAAAGAAGCGGCUCGUCCCGGGCGCCCGCCGCUCCAGCGGCAGGAUGAUAUUGUGCAAGAAAAGCGCCUGUCUCGAGGCAUCUCCCACGCCAGCUCAACCAUCGUCUCCCUGGCCCGCUCCCACGUCUCCAGCAACGGCAGCAGCGAACAUCUGCUGGAGAUGCCCAUUUGCACCUUCCAGCUGCCCGACCUCACCGUCUACACCGAGGAUUUCCGCAGCUUCAUCGAGCGAGACCUCAUUGAGCAGUCCAUGCUGGUGGCACUGGAGCAGGCUGGUCGGCUGAACUGGUGGGCGAACGUGGAUCCCAGUUGCCAGCGGCUGCUUCCACUGGCCACCACCGGCGACGGGAACUGCCUGCUCCACGCCGCCUCCCUGGGUAUGUGGGGUUUCCACGACCGAGAUCUCAUGCUUCGCAAAUCCCUUUACACCCUGAUGGAUAAAGGCGUGGAGAGGGAAGCCCUGAAGCGGAGGUGGCGCUGGCAGCAGACACAGCAGAACAAGGAGUCUGGUCUCGUCUACACCGAAGAGGAGUGGCAGAAGGAGUGGAACGAGCUGAUCAAGCUGGCAUCCAGCGAGCCUCGCGUGCACUACGGCACCAACGGCGGCGGCUGCGGGGGCGUUGAAAGCUCGGAGGAGCCGGUGUACGAGAGCCUGGAGGAGUUCCACGUCUUUGUCCUCGCCCACGUGCUGAAGCGACCCAUCGUGGUGGUGGCGGACACGAUGCUGCGGGACUCGGGGGGAGAAGCCUUUGCCCCUAUUCCCUUUGGAGGGAUCUACCUUCCCCUGGAGGUACCAGCCAACAAAUGCCACCGUUCUCCGCUGGUCCUGGCAUACGACCAAGCCCAUUUCUCUGCCCUGGUGUCCAUGGAGCAGAAGGAAACCACGAAAGAUCAAGCCGUGAUCCCCCUGACGGACUCGGAGCACAAGCUGCUCCCCGUGCACUUCGCCGUGGAUCCGGGGAAGGACUGGCAGUGGGGGAAGGACGACAGCGACAACGUCAAGCUGGCCAGUGUGACGUUAUCGCUGGAAGCGAAGCUGCACUUGCUGCACAGCUACAUGAAUGUGAAAUGGAUCACGUUGCCUUGUGACACGCAGGCGCCUCUGGCCCAGCCGGAAUCCCCUACAGCCUCCGCGGGCGACGAUGCUCGUUCAGCUGUGGAGUCGGGCGAGUCGGACAAGGAGUCGGUCUGCAGCAGUUCGGCAAGCAACGGCGGCGGCAGGGCUUGCAAGGACAAAGAGAAACCAAAGAAAGACCGAGAAAAAGAGAAGGAAAAAGAUAAAAAACGGGCAGACUCGGUUGCCAACAAGCUGGGCAGCUUUGGCAAGACUUUGGGAAGCAAGCUAAAAAAGAACAUGGGCGGCUUGAUGCACCCCAAGACGAUGAAGGGAGGCGUGAGCAAUGGGCAGGGAGACACCCUGGAGAAGAAGAAGAAAGGAUCCUUGAAGUCAAGGAAAGGCAGCAAAGAGGAAUCUUCCCAAGGAGACUUGUCAGCUCCUGUGGAGAAGAGCUGCCCGGGUAAAGCACCCCCCGAAAAGCCGUCGGACCCCUACAAGUACAGCAACGACGUCCGGCUGAGCCUGAGCAUCCUGCGCGCUGCCAUGCAGGGGGAGCGCAAGUUCAUCUUCGCCGGCCACCUCAAGACCAGCAACCGGCACCAGUACCAGGAGGAGAUGAUCCAGAGGUACCUCCUGGAUGCCGAGGAACGCUUCCUGGCCGAGCAGAAACAAAAGGAGGUGGAAAAGAAGGCGCUGGGGAGCGCUGCCCCUGCCAAGAAGCCGGAGCCCGAGGCGAGCGCCCACAAGGGCGAGGAAGCGAUGCUCGGCCCCGCUUACCCCCCGCCUCCCCCCGCCUACCCCCUCCAGACCCCGGAUCUGGCCGUCGGCGCUAAAAUAACGGCUUUUCCCUCCGGCUAUUCGGGCGUUUUCACCUUUCCCAGACCCUCCCUGGUCAGCGGGGGGGAGGGCUCGCACCCCCCCGGCUACCCAGAUGGCCGGCGGCAGGUAGCCGGGGGGUCCUGCCUUCCUCCCUACGCCACCUUACCCCGGCACUGCCCCCAGGCGCGGGCGAACCCCCACCAAAGCAGCCCCCCCCAGCUGGGGAGGUUCUCCCCCACGGACAUGGACAUCCAUCCCAGCCUCCCGGUGGGCUCAGCCUGCCUCCCCCCGCACAGCAACGGCUACAGGGACCCCCCGGAGCAGGACAGCGCGCAGAAAGGGACGUCGGCGGAUAAAAAUAAAAGCCGGCUGCUUUAUAACGUGCAGCAGACCAAAUGCAAGCAGCCGAACUGCAGUUUUUAUGGACAUCCAGAAACUGGGAAUUUCUGCUCCUGCUGUUACAAGGAGGAGCUGAAGCGCAAGGAGCGGGAGGCUGUGGGGCACAGGUUCUGAGCGCUGCCCCCGGCGCCCACCUUGGGACCCCUGAGAGAUGGGGAAUGCAAUAAUAUUGGGGUUUUGUUGUUUUUUGUUGUUAAACAUCCCCCCUCCACCCUCCUUUCCCUGCCUGUGGAAGGAGGGGAGCGGGCCGGAGGGCUGAGAAAUGGGGGUUUGGCUGGGGUGAUGGAGGCGAUGCGGGGAAAGGGGGGGCGGGGGGAGGCAAAGCAGCCCCCCACUCCCAGAGCCGCUGCCGGAGGGAGGAGGAUGCUUUUAAGAGGCUUCUUCAGGCGAGGGGCGAGCAGGAUUAGCAGAGGCCGUGCUUGGGUUGGAGUACGGGGUGGAAAAGUUGGGGGGGGGGGGGGGAAUCCUUCAAAAUGAUCCAAUAAACCAGACCAAAGCUUUCGGAGAGGGGGGGCAGGGGGAGCAGCCCCCCCCCCACCGGGUCCUUCCAGCCGGAUUCUGCCGUCACUAACCGCUCCGAAUCGAGCGAGUUCAGUUUGAACGUCCCAAACCUUUGAAUCGCGACAUUAUUUAUGGUUUGAACCCCGGUUUUAUUUUAUAUUUCUUUUUUUUUUUUUUUUUUUUUUUUUUUUUUUUUUUUGCUGGUACUGAGCGAAACUUCAUUGGAAUUGGACUUGGAAUUGGGACAUUAUCGGGAUUUUGGUUAUUUUUUUUUCGGUUGAAUCAUCGGAGCCUGGCUCCGUCGGAUGUUGCUGAGCCGUUGUCAGCAGCGGGCUCAGGGCUCUAACCCGGUUGGGGUUUUUAAAAUAUUAUUUUGAAUCUUUCUUGGGGGUGGGAGGGAGACGGGGGGGGGGCGGUCACAGUGCUCGAGUGGUUUGGAGGGGUUUUUUUGUUUUUUUUUCCUGCAGAAGUAUGUGCAAAAACCCUUCUGGUCGCGGGGCGGUCGACCCGACUUAGUAAGAAGGGAGAGAAGCGAGGUCAGUGUCUCCAGCCAGCAAUAACCGUCGGCGCGGGCAGGUAGCGCGGACACGGAGCAUCCCGCGGCACCGGGAGGUCAAUCCGGCCGCCCGCAUCCCUCCGGAGCCGCGCGCCCCCAGCCAUAAUUCUUUUUUUUUUUUUUUUUUCUACUUGAGCAAAGCUACUGCCGUACUACCUCCGUUCUGCUGAAUCGAAUUAACUCGGCUCCAUUUUGCUGAGCCACGUAACCGACCUUAGGCUGAGGAAUAUUCAACGAUAUUUUUUUGGAUAAUAGGGCUAAAGAGCGAGACGUUAAUUAAAAAAAAAAAAAAAAAAAACACGAACCCGUAACUAACUUGAUGCGAUGUGGUCCAUGACGUUCCCUUCUCCCCCCGCAUCCCAGCCCCUGCGGCGUCAGAUGCCGUACGCUCCCCUUCACGUCUUGCAGGGUGGGUUUAACUUUAGCACUGCAAUGUUUGCACAGAUUUAUUAUUUUUAUUCUAAUUUUUUUUUUUUUUUCGUAACUACAGCUCCCAAACCGGACUCGAUCCUGUAUAGAGCAAGGUUCAGCGUUUUACCACGUGAAAAUAAAACAUGAGUUAUUACCGAGAAUUCAAAGCUUUA